AUGUCACCCUCCGGCCGCGUGAAACGCGGAAGAGCGUCCUGUUUCCGUCACCAUGGCAACUCCCCGGGGCCAGAGUCGAUCCCCCAGUCCCUCCAAGGUGGACAAAUGGACACGCCAAGUUUCUCCGUCAAAGAGCAGGUGGUUCGAGCUUUGUACGGACGGUCGACGUCUUUAGGUCUAAACGGGAAGAAACUGGAGGACGUCCCCGCGUGCGUGAGCAGACUCCCAAACCUGCGCGUGCUCUCUCUGAGCCACAACCGCCUCAGCUUCCUCCCCUCAGAGCUGGUGGCUCUUCAACAGCUGACUGAGCUGAAUUUGGGGAAUAAUGCCCUGAAGGAGGUCCCUGCUGUUCUGGGUCAUCUGGAGGCCUUGAAAAAACUCUACCUGUUCAGGAACCAGAUCACGGUUUUGCCGCCUGAUGUGAUAGGUCGCUUACGAAACCUGGUCGUCCUCAAUCUCAACCACAACCAGAUUGUGAGGCUUCCACCUGAGAUAACCAGCCUGAGGAAGCUGCAGCGCCUCAGCCUCCUGGACAACAGCUCAGUCAGCUGA